AUGCGACAUCGCAUUGACUAUGAUGUAGUACAAUCGCACGUGAGAAGGAUUAAAGAAAAAGCACACAAUAAUGAUAAAAGCUAUACGUUGAAAAUAAGAAAUGCAAAUAAAAAUGAAAGAAAUAGAUCACCACAAGUGAGACGUACAUUUAUUACGCAUUUAUGUCAUAUUUUAUUAUUAUGGCUAAAAUUUUCAAUGAUCCAUCUUGACGACAUUAUUAUAUUUUCAAAAUCAUACAAAGAACACAUUGAUCAUUUAAAUCAAGUAUUAAUUCAAUUAGAUGAAAGUAAUCCUCCCAAGUGUGAAGUGGCAAAAACAUUUGAUUUACAUACAAAUCCAGUUAAUCCAAAGGCAACAUGGAGUCUUCAAAAUGCUGUUGCCGUUAUUUUGAACCGUUUUCUGGACAAAUCAUUUACAUUAUCAAGAUGGACAUGUGGCUUAGAUCCCUUGUUGCAUACUUAUAUACAUCCAAAACUCGUUGACCAUACUAUUGUUCGUCAUUUAAAUACCAAUUUACAUCAUCAGGACGUUAAACGGAGAUUACGUCAUUUACAAGUUCCAUAUGUACAUUUUCGUCUAGAUAAACAUCGCAAUCGUGUUGUUAUUGGAUUAAAAACAGAUGCAUUAGUGGCACAGUUUAAUGGAACAAUUAGACAUGAUGCAUUCCAUUAA